UCCUAGAACUUACCACCAGGAUCACUGAGCUGCUGAGCGGAGAGGUUCCUAUAAGGUGUCAGGAUGUCACUGUCUAUUUCUCCAUGGAGGAGUGGGAGUAUUUAGAAGAACACAAGGGUCUGUACAAGGAUCUCAUGAUGGAGAACCACCAGUCCCUCACAUCACCGGAUGGAUCCAGUCAGAGAAAUCCACCUGAGAGAUGUCCCAGUCCUCUGUAUUUCCAGGACUGUCCAGAGGAGAAACCAAAUAUCCCACUGGAUCAUCAGGAAAUAUCUGGUGAAACGACGAGUGGACUUGAAAAACCCAUAUCCGUGUCUGUGAAUGGUAAGGAUGAGAUGGGAGACUCUAAUGGACAUCUAUUAUUGAAAGAAGAACAAGAUAAUAAUGUCACACAAGCUAAUUCGGUAACACCUAAUGUGGCCCAUUAUAGUAGAGAUCUAUCCACCAAUAAUGCUGGUCUCAAGAAACUUUGGUCUAAUCAAUUACUGAUUGACAAUACAAGAACAGAACAUGGAAAAUUAUUACAUGGGAAACACUUUAAAAAGAAAUACAAUCAAUCUAUACAUGACAUUAUUCACAAUGCUGAAAGGCCAUUUUCAUGUUCACAAUGCAGGAGGUGUUUUAGCAAGAAAUCAAAUCUUGUGGAACAUCAGAGAACUCACACAGGGGAGAAGCCAUUUUCAUGUUCAGAAUGUGGUAAAUGUUUUGGCCAGAAAUCUGUUCUUGUUAAGCAUAAGAGAACUCACACAGGAGAGAAACCAUUUUUAUGUCCCGAUUGUGGAAAGUACUUUAGUCAGAAAUCAAAUCUAAUGGAACAUCAAAAAAUUCACACAGGAGAGAAACCAUAUUCAUGUUCACAAUGUGGGAAAUGUUUUAGCCAAAAAUCAGGUCUUGUUAAACAUCAAAUAAGAGUUCACUCAGGGGAGAAGCCAUUUUCAUGUCCUGAAUGUAGGAAAUGUUUUGGUCAGAAAUCCAAUUUUGUGGAACAUCUAAGAACUCACACAGGGGAGAAGCCUUUUUUAUGUUCGGAAUGCGGGAAAUGUUUUGGUCAGAAAUCAGUUCUUAUUAAUCAUCAAAGAGCUCACUCUGAGAAGCCAUUUUCAUGUUCAGAAUGUGGGAAAACUUUUAGUCAAAAAUCAAGUCUGGUUAAACAUCAUCUGAGAACUCACACAGGAGAGAAGCCAUUUUCAUGUCCUGAAUGUGGGAAAUGUUUUAGUCUAAAAGCAUUUCUUGUGGAACAUCUAAGAAUUCACACAGGUGAGAAGCCGUUUUCAUGUUCAGAAUGUGGAAAAUGUUUUGGGCAUAAAUCUGGCCUUGUUAAACAUCAGAGAAUUCACACAGGGGAGAAGCCAUUUUCUUGUUCAGUAUGUGAGAAAUGUUUUAGUCAGAAAUCAAGUCUUGUAGAACAUCUAAGAACUCACACAGGAGAGAAGCCGUUUUCAUGUUCAGAAUGUGGAAAGUAUUUUAGACAGAAAUCGGGUCUUGUUAAACAUCAUCUGAGAACACACAGAGGGGAGAAGCCAUUUUCAUGUCCUGAAUGUGGGAAAUAUUUUGGUCAGAAAUCAAAUCUUGUGGAACAUUUAAGAACUCACACAGGGGAGAAGCCAUUUCCAUGUUCAGAAUGUGGAAAAUGUUUUGGACAGAAAUCUGUUCUUGUUAAGCAUAAGAGAACUCACAGAGGAGAGAAACCAUUUUCAUGUCCGGAAUGUGGGAAAUCUUUUAGUCAAAAAUCAAAUCUUUCUGAACAUCAAAGAAUUCACACGGGUGAGAAGCCAUUUUCAUGUUUCGAAUGUGGAAAAUGUUUUAGACAGAAAUCAGGUGUUGUUAAACAUCAUCUGAGGACUCACAUCGGGGUGAAGCCAUUUUCAUGUCCUGAAUGUGGGAAAUGUUUUAGUCAGAAAGCAAAUCUUGUGGAACAUCUAAGAACUCACACAGGGGAGAAGCCAUUUUCGUGUUCAGAAUGUGGGAAAUGUUUUAGCUGCAAAUCAGGUCUUGCUAAACAUCUGAGAACUCACACAGGAAAUGUAAGAGCUGUUGAAGGUAUGGGGCUUCAUUGUUAGGCCUGCUGCCUAAGGAUGCCUUCUGAUGUAUAACUUAAGCUUUUGAGAACAUGUGCUGUAAGAGAACGAUGUUUUAACUGUUUUAUGACGCAAACAAAGCUGUUUGGAUUAUGAAUUAUAUGCAACACAGAAGAAGAGAGCAAAAAGUGGGUUAUCCCUAUUGUCUCAUUUACAUGUUAGUAUGGAGCAUGGUCACACUGAAGCAAAACUGCCUCCAUACUGAUCAGUAUUAUGGAUUGUAUGUUUUUUUUGUCUUGUGGUACAUUUCCCAUCAAUAUAAUCUUUGGAAUAACAGGCUUUGUUAACAUCAAAAACUUGGCCUAAUUCACAUGAUAAUUCAGAGAAAGUCUUUGGACAACAUAGGACCUAUUAGAUCUGGACAAAAAGAAAAUCGAGACAGGAGAGGUGUUAUAGUAGAAACGAA